UUGGGUGUAGAAAGGACGGCGUCCCAGUGUUCCGCCAUCAUAUAGCUCAGCCUCGUACUUGGCACUGCCUCAGCUUCGGAUUGUCGCAUUUCUUCCCUUUCAACAAACAUCUGCAUGUCGGGGAAUAUUAUAAUAUAUACGAUGGACCAUAAUGCCUCAUCCUGACGCACCAUUACAAACUGUCAAAGACCGGUCGAAGAAUACUUCGAAUUUGUCGCCCCUGAUGUUGAAUGGAAAGGGGUCAUCGGCGGCUCCGCAGCUCAGUGUGGACGAUGGCAAUCUAGAAAUGAAGAAUAUCGCAGCCGCGGAGCCAGCGCUCGAUGCGAGCCAAGAUAUAAUGCAGCUGGCCAGACUUGGAGACAUUUCCUCAGUACAGAAGCUCUAUGAUGCAGGCGUUUUCACACCAUUACACUGUGAUGAUGAGGGUAUCACUCCGCUCCAUUGGGCGGCAAUCAACAAUCAGUAUGCGAUGUGUAAAUUUCUCCUGGAGGCCGGAGCAGAUGUAAAUAAGAAGGGCGGAGAGUCGGUCGCUACACCCGCCAUGUGGGCGGCCCAAAGGUGCCAUUACUAUACUGUGCAUCUCCUUCUGGAGUAUGGGGCCGACCCCUUACUCACGGACGUCCAAGGUUAUAAUAUCUUGCACCUUGCAACCUUUGAAGGAAAUGUCUUCCUUCUGGUUCUACUACUCCACCAAAAUAUCCCUGUGGACGUGCGUGAUUCACAACAACACACAUGUCUGAUGUGGGCUGCGUAUAAAGGAUACCCAGCUUGCGUCGACUUGUUUCUUCGGUGGGGCGCCGAUGUGCUUGCCACGGACGAAACGGGGUUCACACCAUUACAUUGGGGACUUGUUAAAGGGUCAGUGGGCUGCAUCCAAAAGCUCAUUGAAUAUGGCUCGGAUAGGUUCGUUGCAGCCGCCAGCGGUAAAACUCCAUCUGUAAUGGCAGACGAGAUGAAAACGACAUUUGCAUGGCACAAGGCACUCAAGGAAUGUGGUUAUAAGGAAGACGGUAGCCUCGCUGCCUUUAACUUCCCGACCCCGCCAUACUUCAUCCAAAACAAACGAUCAGCCAUGGCGAAAUUUUUAUUUUUCUGGCCUUUUCUGAUCAUCUGGUGCAUGCUGAUGAUCACGAGCCAUAUGGUUGUUUAUGCAGGAAUUCCAAUUGCCCUACUUGUAGGAUAUUGCUUGCAGUUAUUGGCCCAAAAAGCUAUGGCAUAUGCACCUUCGGAUAUGAGACAACUCCAUAAAACACCGUGGCUUUCAGGGAUAUUUGCCGGUACUCUGUUUUUUGUUGGUAUUAGCUGGGUCACAACACUUUUACCUGCAACCUACGCUUCAUAUCCUAUUGUAAAUACCCUCUUCGCCAUCGCAUAUUCUCUGUGCGGUUAUUUUUACUUUUGCACCAUGUUCUACGAGCCAGGAUACGUACCGAAGCUAGCGGGUCUUACAGAACAGAAGGCUGCUAUCAAUGAACUGCUGAGCUUAUGGAAAUUUGACGACCAAAAUUUCUGUGUGCAAUGUAUGGUUCGGAUGCCUCUCAGAAGUAAACAUUGCAAGAGGUGCAACAGAUGCGUAGGAAAACACGAUCACCAUUGCCCUUGGGUUUAUAACUGUGUUGGUGUCAAUAACCAUCGCCACUUCUUCCUUUAUCUUGUUUUCUUGGAACUCGGUGUAGGCCUCCUUAUUGCUAUCACGGUUAGCUAUUAUGAUUCCAUGACGGAGAAGGGAUCCCCAGAGUGUAAUAUCCUUCCGGAGUCAAUAUGCCGCUACGUCAACAGCGACCCUUACACUCUUAUCCUUGCUGUAUGGGCGGCGUUGCAACUCACCUGGGUUACAAUGCUACUCUUCGUGCAACUUAUUCAAAUCUCACGAGCUAUGACAACGUAUGAGAAUAUGCGCGGUUCUCAUCAUGGCCAUGGGCACGGCGCCUCUGAGGCGAUUACAACGGCUCUAGCUGCUGGAACUUUAUCAAUGGGUGGAGCACAAUUAGGCAGCGAAGGCAGAGGUCCAGAUCCCGCAGUUGCCGCAUCAUCACACGGCCAUCGUCACCACCGCCAUGAUCAUGGAGGCUGCUUUGCCCAAUGGAAGAAAAUCCUGGGUGUCAAUACAUUUGUUGAGACUGCUCUAAACGCAGACAAGGAUAGGCCUAGGGCAAACCUCAAUCCGUUCUCUAGGGGUUGCCUAAAGAACUGCAAAGAUUUCUGGUGCGACCCUGCACCGAUAUUCGGGAGCCGGGAGAAUGGCUCGGCGAUGCUAGAUGGGGAGGUCGUUAAUUACACGACAAUGUACGAGACUCCAAGGCGGAUGAUGACAACAAGGCCGCGGAGUUGGAAUGGGGAUACGGCUGGUAGCUAUGAAAGGCUUCCAGCAGAUGAUGACAAUGUCUAGGUUAAUUACCUUAAGAGUGUAUUAUAAAAUUUGAAGCGAACAGGGCUAGAACAUAAUAUAAGUUGGGAUUGUCUUAUACUUU